AUGGCGGAAGAAGCUUCGCUAAUGACAGAUGGGGGCUGCGCCGCAGAAGAUACGUUGGAAGCCGUUGAAGCUCUGAGGAUGACCGCGAUGCUGAAUUCCGUUGACAUUUCCGAGCAUGCGUGGACGAGACUGGCAAGAGCACUCCACGGCAGCGGCCCGCGCCUGGUACCAGCCGACGCAGGAAAGAUGCUUAGAAUGUGUUUGACAAAGGCUGCCACCGCCGACGCGAACGCUUCUGACUUGGCCGGGGACACCUGCCAGGCUGCCUUGCACCUGGCUCCAGCAACGAUCGGCGGUCAUGGCAGCGUUGGAUCGGCCUUGGCGGUAAAGCCAGGGAUUGACAAGGGCCUUAGUGCCAUAUAA